UCCCAUCAAACUUAUAUAUGAUUCACAAUUGUUCCUAGAAGAACAUCAAAAUUGGACUCAAAAGUGAAAACCCUAGCCUCCAUUGUUAUGGGUUUCAAGUUUUCAGCUUUGUUCUUCAUUUGCAUGGCUUUCAUGGCGGCUUUCUUGCCCCCGCCGCCGGUUUAUGGCUGUGGAGGCUGCAGCCCGCCGUCUUAUCCUCCUUACCACCGCCCUAGCCCGCCCAAAACUCGCCCCCAUCCACCCAAAACUCCCCGCCCACAUCCGCCGGUUGUAAGACCUCCGGUCAUUUCACCGCCUCCCGGCGGCAUCUUGCCGCCGAUCGUAAACCCUCCGGUCGUUUUACCCCCUAUCGGCAUCCUGCCGCCGAUAAUCAACCCACCCGGCGGUGGAUACCCACCUUAUACUCCCGCUCCUGGCGGAGGUGGCGGCGGCGGCGGCGGAGGAGGAGGAGGAGGAGGGGGGACAAUUAUUCCUCCACCGGCGGCGAAAUGCCCAAUAAACGCGCUGAAAUUAGGGCUGUGUGUUGACGUUCUGGGCGGAUUGGUGCACGUGGGAAUAGGGAAUCCGGUGGAGAAUGUGUGCUGCCCGGUGCUUCAAGGGCUGCUGGAGCUAGAGGCGGCGGUAUGUCUGUGCACCACCAUAAGAAUAAAGCUUCUCAACCUCAACAUAUUCCUUCCACUAGCUCUGCAACUUCUCGCCACUUGUGGCCUAACUCCUCCGCCUGGAUUUGUUUGUCCUCCUCUUCUUUAGUUCUCUCAUAUGAUCUUCUCAUUUUCCAGAAUCCUUAUUGCAUGCAAUGUUUUUCAUUCUUCUUAUCAGAGAGAGAGAGAGUGCAAAAUUUAAUAAUGUAAUCUAGGUGUAAGUUAAUUGCCAAUUAACAGCCUAUUAUGUCAAUCUUAGUACUUCAAUUAUUAUUAUUAUUAAGGUGU